AUGGCCCGGGGGACCGGGGCCGGGGCACGGGGGCCCGGAGGCGGCGGGGGCCCCGGCCCCGGAGCGCGGAGGAGCUGCGGGCCCGGGAGAGACAGCUACGGGCAGGGCGGGAAUGGGGACGGGGGUGGAGGGAUGCGUGCGGGCUGCUCCUCCGCGGUGCGCGGCGCUGGCGGCCUCGAUCUGAGGCUGGGCCGGGGCCGAGCAGGGUUGGAGCAAGGCGGCAAGAGCCGCGGCCCGGCUGGAUCCGGGACCGCCGCCGAGUCGACGGGCGAAGGGCGGGGCGGCCGGGAUUUAAAGGGGCCGCAUCACUCGCUGCCGCUGGGAGCACGGCGAGGGGGCGGGGUAGGAGGCCAGCUCCCGGGAUCCCGGUGGGCCCACCUUGGGAUCGUGGCACGCGCGUAG